GAACAGCAUAUCAAAAAGCAAUCCCCCGUCCGAGGGCGAUCCCCUGGGCGAGUGCCGGGUCUCGCCCGAGGGCUUCGGCUGGAUGACGCGCUGCCUGUGCCGGCUGGCGCGGCACUUCUGCGACGGGCGCCUGCUGCUGUGCCUGGAGGGGGGCUACAACCCCGAUGCCAUCGCUCAGUGCACCGUGGAGUGCGUGCAGUCCCUGCUGGCCGAGGCCUCGGGCGAGCCAGUCCCGCCCGGCAGCGAGCUGCCGCAGUUCGAGACGGGCGCGCCGCGCGCGGCCUGCACGCUGAGGGUCCCGCAUUCCAUCUGGACCAGCGCGCCGACGACCCCAGCAAGUAGCGUCCCAGGC